UUACAAAACAAAAUAAAGGCCAGGGAAUCGGGAAGGUUGGUGCUAUUUAUCAUACACUAGAUCAGCUGGAUGAGUGAAAGACUAUCCUAAGUUCGAGCGUUCAAAAAAUGUGAUUCUACAAAAUAUAAAUACUAGGUAUACACAUUCGAAAUCUCUGUCAAAAUGGGACGAAAUAUUCUAGCUAGUAGUUUGCAAAACGCGUCCUUCAGUAUCAUAUUUCAGAUAUUCUGUAGAUGCAUAACUUUUGCUAUUAACGCAUUCAUAGUCCGGAAUGUCGGUCGAGAUGUACUUGGUAUUACUAAUGUACGCUUGCUCCUAUUGGAAAGCACACUAUUGUUCUUAUCAAAAGAAGCCAUCUUCAGGGCAGCAUUAAGUUCCAAACACAACAAACAAUGCAAUUGGGCCCAGUUGAUAAACCAGCUAUGGAUCACCGUUCCGGUUUGCUUCGUCUUGUCCAUUCCCUGCCUCUAUGUAUGGCUUAACUGGCUUUCAACCGUAGACGAUUACUACUAUGUUCAGUAUCGAUUCGGGUGCUACGCGAUUGCUUUCGCGUGCGUUAUUGAACUAACCGCAGAGCCACCCAUCUUCAUUUCACAGGUUUUCUGUUUUGUCAAACUGAAGGUCAUAAUGGAUACGGCUCACAUUUUCAUCCGCUCGUGUGUAUUCAUCACGAUUGUGCUGUGGAAUAAAAACAUUACAAUCUACGCCUUUGGAAUAGCGCAAAUCAUCAGCGCUGUCACAAUUAUAGUUGGAAACUAUGCUUUCUUCUAUUUCUAUAUCCCACGCCUCUUGCGAUAUCGGAAUGAAUUAAAACGAGUUGAUGAUAAGUAUGAGUUGCGGAAAACGUUUGGAAACGUCUACGAGAACAUGGAGGACUUUCCAUUCAAUUCAAUCAAGGACAUGGUACCGGGAGUGUUACCUAAUUCGAACUCUCCGUUCAACUCCGAUCUGCAAACACUGGUAUUUAGCUUCGCAAAGCAGGGUGUCCUGAAGCAAGUUUUGACGGAAGGGGAAAAGUACGUCAUGUCCAUCAGUCCGGUGCUGACAUUCAGUGAACAGGCUACUUACGAUGUUGUGAACAAUAUGGGCAGCUUGGCGGCCCGAUUCAUCUUCCGACCAAUUGAAGACAGUAGCUAUUUCUAUUUCACUCAGACGAUUGCUCGCGAUGUCACUCUUUCGGCUCAAAACCGAGAUAAAGUGAAGGAGGCUUCCUUGGUUCUUUCGUACGUAUGUAAAACCGUCACUUCCAUCGGUUUGUUGGGCUUCGUGUUUGGACAAAGUUAUUCCGGAACGGUUCUUCUGUUAUACGGCGGAAUGGAUUUUGUAGAAGGUGGCUUACCGGAGGUUUUACUACGGUGGCACUGUUUGGCGAUAGUACUUUUAGCGUUAAAUGGCAUUACCGAAGGGUACAUGUUUGCAACUAAUACUUCGAAGGAAAUCGAUACAUACAACUACUACAUGGCGUUCUUCUCAAUGGCUUUUCUGAUGCUAUCCUAUCAGCUGACAAACUGGAUUGGCCCAGUUGGGUUUAUACUGGCCAAUUGUAGCAACAUGGGAUUCCGAAUCAGUUACAGUUUGUACUACAUCCGUAAUCAGUACAAGGAGAUCGGAGAAAAUCCACUGAGAAGCUUUCUUCCAGGCCCACUUUUUCUAUCUACCCUGAUAGGCUGUGGUUUUAUCUGCAAGAUAUCCGAGACGUACUGCAGGUCAAUGCUGUAUCAUGUUUUGGUUGGAGCUUUAUGCACCGGAACCAGCUUGCUUACGUGGAGUUUCGAAAACCGACAACUACUACGUGCCGGACUGACGAGAUACCGCGAACGAAAGACGAGUCUCACGGGCGAGACGACGAUUGGAUAGAAUUUCUCGCACAAAUAUGUUGUAAAUGGAUUGACGACCACAGUUCUAGUAACUGCAAUUGGCUGUGUUAAAGAAAAAAUACAUAUAUUUUAAUUGUAUCCCAAUUCCUGCGGUUCAACAACUAAGUUGUUACCUUCUAACAAAAUUAUUAUUGACCACUUGUAGCAUAAUUUUUGCUAUUGUACCAGUUACAGUUAGUUUUAACCUUUAGAGAAAACGUGUGUGAUAUACCAAAGAAGAUUACGGCUCCAGUUUGUUCCCGGUGUUGAUUUCUCGUCCAGCAUUUUUUCGCAUUCAAAUUGUGGUAAAUGCAUAGAUUAGUAUCAAAGAUUUUCAAUCAGAUGAUAACAAACUGAAAUUGCCUAUCAGUAAGAA